GGUUGCAGGACUCAGAAAGUCAUAAGGUUUAGAAGCCCUUAACAACCCCAACAAUAACACCACACGUCGUGGCCUGAUGCCCGGGGUAUUUUACUGUAUUUUGGGCAUCCUACUCUCUCCUUCACUGUAACAGCUGACAACCCACGGAGCAAGUAGAAGAAAAUAGGGAAAAGAAGACAAGAUGAGCAGUAAGAGGAAACAUCCAUCUAGCGAGGGCAAACCUAAUGCUUCUAUCUGUGAGCUGCUACUGGAAAUUGCAGAAUACGAGAAAAAUGUAAAUCGUAACAUACAUAAGUAUAAUGCAUACCGCAAUGCAGCCGCUGCUGUGGCCCAACAUCCAACUCGAAUUGAGAGCGGAAGUGAGGCAAAGAAGUUGAAGGGCGUGGGGAGCAAGAUUAGUGAGAAGAUUGAUGAAUUCAUCAAGACAGGAGAAAUGAGCAAAGUGAAGAAGAUUCGUGGUGAUGAUACAAAUGUUGCCAUCACAGGAUUAACACGUGUGUCUGGCAUUGGACCAGCCAAAGCACGGGAGUUAGUCAAUGAGGGUAUCACAACAAUUGAAGAUCUGCGAGAAAAUCAAGACAAACUCAAUCACCAUCAGAUCAUUGGACUGAAGUAUUUUGACGAGUUUGAAAUGAGGAUUCCCAGAGAUGAAAUUAAGAAGAUCGAAGAACAUCUGAAUAAGUACAUCACAUCUCUUGAUUCUGAUUAUCUUAUUACAAUCUGUGGAAGUUAUCGUCGUGGAGCCACAAGCAGUGGUAUUAGUGGAUGCUCUACUGGACCCAUCUUCACCUACACAUUACUGAGUUCUAGGCAUAACAUCCCCAAACUGCUAGCAGGUGAUGAAACAUUGAAGGAUAAUGGCCUUGGUACUGAUACUCUCUCUCAUGGCGACACAAAAUUCAUGGGUGUGUGUCAACUGGACGAGAGUUUACCCCACCGCCGCCUUGACAUUCGACUUCUGCCUCACGAUCAGUUCUAUUGUGGAAUCCUCUAUUUUACUGGUUCAGAUAUGUUCAACAAGGCUAUGCGAGCUCAUGCAUUAGAGCAAAGCUUCACUCUAAAUGAAUACUGCAUUAGACCUAUUGGCAGCACAGGUGUUCCUGGCGAGGCAUUACCAGUUUCUUGUGAAAGAGAUAUUUUUGAAUACAUCAAUUAUAAGUACAAAGAACCUCAUGAACGUAAUAUGUAGGAACUAAUGAAGAAAUUAUAAGUCCUGGAGUCUCAUAUGGGUCAGGAUAAGUUGUGUAAAUCUCAUUUUUUUUUUUUUAACACACCAACCAUCGGCCACCAAGGCAGGUUGACCUGAAAAAGAAGAGAUGUUUUCAUACUUUUUUUUCUUCUUUCUACAUUUAGUAAUUUAUACAGGAGAAGGGGUUACUAGCCCCUUGCUCCCAAAUCUCAUGCACAUACCAUGUAAAAAAAAAAUUUAAUAUUAGCUUUAACUUUUUUAAUAUAUAUGACAAUCCUACUGUUUUUUUAUGAUUUAAUAUUAUUUAUUAAGGAGUAUUUUUUGAAGUAUUCCUACAACAAGUGGCAGAUCAACCAGGUUGUAAUGGCUGCAUAUGUCUGCAGGCCAGUGGUAGCAAUAUCCUGGUUGACCAAACAAUUAGUGAAGGAGGUUGAUCUUAUUCUGGGUUGCAAGGGUAGAAGAACCUUCAAAAUCAGUCACAGGUACACCCCAUUACAAAAUGCUCUGUAUUCAACCUAAAUGAUGGAGAGGAAGCCACAUGGGGAUGCAAAUCUUUAGCUCAAAAUCUUUUGCACUCUGUGCAUCAUUAGGAGCUAUGCACGUUGCAAGGCUAGUAACAGAUAGCGGGGGAAAACAUUCUGAGGCAAGGGCGGAAAUAUACAGCAUCAGGACAUGGCCUGAUGCAUUACACUUCUGCCUUGCCUCAGAGAGAACUUUUUCCUAUUUGUUGCUAGCCUUGCAACAUUGCAUAACUCCUAAUGAUGCACAGAGUGCAAAAAAAUCUUGAGCUAAAGAUUUCCAUCCCCAUGUGGCCUGCCUGUUUGCAAUUGUUUUCAACCUAAUUGAUACAUAGGUAAUCUUCACUUUCCUCUUUCCAUUUGUUUGUGUUAUGCAUGUGUGCAUUAAGGAUGCUACAAGGGGGCUGAGCUCUACAUACUGGUCCCAUAUCUUAAUGUUCAGUUAACUGACAUAGUUUUUAUCUAUUUUUGAACACUUGUAUGGAGUUUCCUUUCACCAUAUCACUGUAUCUCUUAACACUGACAAAAUAAUAGUUCAUUUGGGUGUAUAUCAGACAUGUUUCUUCUCCCAAAAAAGUCUGAGAAAAUUGCCUUGUGCCAUAUAUGCUCAAGGUCAGGAACAAGGGAAGGCUUUGGGUUAGUAGCAAGCAAUGGUUUCAAUGCUGUGGUACCAGUAAACUGAAUUCCAAACACCUCUUCCCUACAAAACUAUUUUCCAAAUUACUCUAGAGUGAUUAGUAACUUAUAAAUUAAAGUUAUUUAUUUUUUUUUAUUAUCACACUGGCCAAUUUCCACCAAGGCAGGGUGGCCCGAAAAAGAAAAACUUUCACCAUCAUUCACUCCACCACUGUCUUGCCAGAAGGGUGCUUUACACUACAGUUUUUAAACUGCAACAUUAACACCCCUCCUUCAGAGUGCAGGCACUGUACUUCCCAUCUCCAGGACUCAAGUCCGGCCUGCCGGUUUCCCUGAACCCCUUCAUAAAUGUUACUUUGCUCACACUCCAACAGCACGUCAAGUAUUAAAAACCAUUUGUCUCCAUUCACUCCUAUCAAACACGCUCACGCAUGCCUGCUGGAAGUCCAAGCCCCUCGCACACAAAACCUCCUUUACCCCCUCCCUCCAACCUUUCCUAGGCCGACCCCUACCCCGCCUUCCUUCCACUACAGACUGAUACACUCUUGAAGUCACUCUGUUUCGCUCCAUUCUCUCUACAUGUCCGAACCACCUCAACAACCCUUCCUCAGCCCUCUGGACAACAGUUUUGGUAAUCCCGCACCUCCUCCUAACUUCCAAACUACGAAUUCUCUGCAUUAUAUUCACACCACACAUUGCCCUCAGACAUGACAUCUCCACUGCCUCCAGCCUUCUCCUUUCUGCAACAUUCAUCACCCAUGCUUCACACCCAUAUAAGAGCGUUGGUAAAACUAUACUCUCAUACAUUCCCCUCUUUGCCUCCAAGGACAAAGUUCUUUGUCUCCACAGACUCCUAAGUGCACCACUCACCCUUUUCCCCUCAUCAAUUCUAUGAUUCACCUCAUCUUUCAUAGACCCAUCUGCUGACAUGUCCACUCCCAAAUAUCUGAAUACAUUCACCUCCUCCAUACUCUCUCCCUCCAAUCUGAUAUCCAAUCUUUCAUCACCUAAUCUUUUUAUCCUCAUAACCUUACUCUUUCCUGUAUUCACUUUUAAUUUUCUUCUUUUGCACACCCUACCAAAUUCAUCCACCAAUCUCUGCAACUUCUCUUCAGAAUCACCCAAGUUACAGUACAUAAUAAGCAAACCAGCUUCAGCAGUUGUAAAUAAUUGUAAAGUAGCCAUCUGUCAACAACAGCUAACCAUGUUUGGAUAGUUGAUGGCAGUGGAGCAGAUGACAGGCUGUGCAAGAUUUCAGCUACACUGCACAUAAGGAGGCACCCCCAUUGGCUCUUGUCAUUUUGAAGCAAGUACAUACGCAUAUUUUAUCUUUCCCAGAAUAUGCCUUCCAAAAUUGAGGUGGAUCUUAUAUUCCAGAAAGUAUGGUACAGUAUAUUGAAUUAUCCUAUGUUAAAUCUACUUAGUGUGAUUUGUUUUGGUUGAAUUUCACUGUUUGCUGGUGGGAUGCUGGUAGUGGAACAACAGGUCCUGGUUUCAUUGUUAACUUAUGCUACAUGAUUUUGUAGUACCAUAUGGCCGUAGAAACCAUGGCCUGAAGCAUGAAGGUGUGCAGACUCCGUCUGCCUGUACCUCAACACUGUUAAUGAGGUCAUAGUAUUUCUCCCCGACCUGUCUGUUGGCAGAGUCUGGCAUCAUAUCUACCUCAUCAGUGUCAUCAGAUUCGCUGUUAUUUUCAUGGCUCUUCCCUGCCCUCUGCUCCUUCAGCCAUAUUCAUAACACUAUGGAGGCUCAAGCAGGGAGACGUUGUCUUGUUGGGGUUAUAAGGGCCACAGACAGCUAAUAUAGUAUUCAGCUCCACUUCCAAAUGUUGACAAUCCUGGAGUUUUACAGCUCCCUCGCGAUGGGUUGAAACCCUACUUGUUCCAUUUUUUUUGUUUUAUACUUACGCUAGUCAGUGUUAUCCCACAAUGCACUACGUGGACCUACCUAGUCUUAGAUAUUUUUCAAAGGUAUGAAGAGGGUGUAGGAAACAAACAGUUAAGCUGUGGUAAAAAGAAAAUAUUGGCAUGUGGUGAAUUUAAAGGCAUGAAAAUUGUGUAUACUAGCACUUAUGACAUCUUGUAACACGCUUUGUAGUACAUUGAUCACAGUUAAAGAGGUAUUAUUAUUAUAAUCAAAAAGAAGCGCUAAGCCACAAGGGCUAUACAGCACUGCAGGGUAGGGAAGGAAGCAGUUAAAGGGGUAAUGAGGUGUGAUUGUACUGUAAUUUUGAAUGAUUAUUUUUUUAUAAUUUUAAUGUGGACAUAUCAAUAUAUAUUACAUUGUAUUCCUUGACUGUUAAGUUAAUAUAAAGGAUUAUUUAUGCACAACUAGUUUAUACUGUAAUAAAGAUCUCUACAUG